AUCUCUGAGAGCUCCGAUAGUUAUGAGCCUGAUUUUGAUUCAUCAGAUUCUUCAUCUGAAGAUUCUCAAAAAAGAAAUUCUAAGAGAAGCUCUGGUAAUUAUGAUUUCAACAAAGAAGUCUUGCGGAUACAAGCUGGAGCUUCAUUGUUAUAA